AUGAACCCCGCUAAUUACCGGGCUAGACUUCUCUGGGACUGCUUUAGGAUAUUUGUGAUACCUGCUUCUGUUCUUUCGAGCGUGCUGUUGCUAUUGGGGUAUCAGCUAGGGCUUCUAUCUAUUCCAACGCACUUGGGAUUCAUUUUGUUAUGGGGAACGCUGAAGAGUCUCUAUGCUGAAUCAAAACAGGAAAAAGAGGCUCGUGCCAUCGGAGCGAAAACGAUCCCCUGUGUCAUCGGGAAAUGGCCAGGGAAUGUCGACGUUCUGUUCAGGAUGGUCAAGGCCUUCAAAAAUAGCUAUGUGCUCGAUGUAUACUUGGAGCUCUUUGAAGAGUACCAAUGCACGACAUUAAACCUUAGAGUGCUGUGGCGGGAUAAUAUCAUAUCCAUGGAUCAAGAGCACGCUAAAUACGUCACCUCAACGGGUUUUUCACAGUUCUGGCGGGGCAUAUCGCAGAAAGAGCGAAUGGAACUUUUUCUUGGUGAAGGAAUAUUCAACCGUGAUGACGAGAAAUGGAAAAUGCAUCGCAACAUGACCAGGCCUUUUUUUUCAAGAGAACGGUUCUCAGAUUUCGAGCUAUUUGAGCGACACUGUGCACGGACUAUAUCCAUCUUAUCGUCAUUGGAAGCAUCGGGUACUGCCUGUGAUGCCCAAGACCUCUAUGGACGGUUCUCCCUGGAUGCUGCGUCAGAGUUUCUUAUGGGAAAAAACUUGGAUACUUUAUCCGCAUCACUCCCAGUCGCGGGGAAAACGGCUAUGGGACCAAAGGGCUCGGCUACCGAGGACCAUUGGGGAUCAUUCACUCGUGCAUUUGAAAUGGCACAGCUAAACAUAACGCAUCGUGGACGGCUUGGAGCGAUCUGGCCACUGUUUGAGCUAUUCAAGGACAAGAAUGAAGAGCACUGCAAGGUGAUACGUGCAUGGAUGGAUCCACUUACCGCCUGUGCUUUGACGUUUCUAACAUAUUUCCUUGCUAUUCACCCGGAUGUUGCAACGAAGAUGCGUGCCGAAAUUCUGGAGUACUGUGGACCGACUUCCCCUCCUACAUUCGACAAUAUUAAACGCAUGAAAUAUAUGCGUGCCGUAAUAAAUGAAACUCUUCGUCUAUUUCCUCCAGUACCGCUCAACGUUCGGGAGACUCGAACAUCAUCAUGUGUUCUCCCUCCAUCAGAUUGCACGUUCUCGACUGGGUCUGGUGAUUCCAAAAGCCCGUUAUAUAUGCCGGCAAAAACGACCAUUCUAUACCUUCCCCUCUUAAUCCAGCGAAACCCUGCUCACUGGGGCGCUGAUGCCGAUGAAUUCAAGCCGGAGAGAUGGAUAGACCCAGAGAGCGUGGCACGUUAUGUCGCAAACCCCACGAUAUUCACGCCCUUCAGUGCUGGCCCUCGCAUAUGCAUAGGCCAGAAUUACGCGUACAAUGAGAUGUCGUACUUCCUUGUCAGACUCUUACAGAAAUUCGAUAAAUUCACACUUUGCCCCGAGUUUCAACCUGAGGGCUCGUUGCCCCCAUUAGAGUGGAAAAACCGCAAAGGGCGCCAAGCGUACGAGCAGAUUUGGCCAAGUGCUGCCCUGACCCUUUAUGUAAAGGGGGGUCUAUGGGUCAAAUUCCAUAGAGCGCGGUCGUGA